CAGCAUCACCUGUGCUGCCCAGGUGAGGCUUAUGAGGCCAAACAAGGCAGAGAAUGUUGAGCUUACAGCUGAACGAAAACACACACACACACACACACACUGACAGAAUUGCAGAUGGGAGGAUGGCAGUUCAUAUGUGAGAAGAUGUUCUGGGAAUAUGUUGGAGUUAUGUUGUAGGAGAUGCUGGGAUCAUGCUCAGUAAGAUCCUGGACCUGGACUGACUGAUUUUAAUACAACAAUAUAUGAAAUAAUGAGUCGCUGGAAUAAUCUUCUUAACUGGCAGCGCAUGCAGAAGAAUGAUGCACAAGAACCAGCGCAGGAGAACAAAGCAGGCCAGGCAGCGGAGACGAAGAAAGAGGAGAAGAAAAAAUUUAACUUUAAGGAAUGGUCGAUUGAUCCCUCUGGAGAUUUUUAUUAUACUUGGCUGCAGGUCAUGAUCUUUCCUGUUGUCUACAAUUGGUUUACCAUCAUCCUAAGGGCCUGCUUUGAUGAUGUUGAGAAAACAUACCUGGCAGUUUGGCUCACUUUAGACUACGUUUGUGAUCUGGUCUACGUGGGAGAUAUUUUCAUGAAAGUCCAUACUGGGUUUCUGGAGCAGGGUAUUCUGGUUGUGGAUCAGGCCCGUCUGAAAAAGCGGUACCUACAUUCCUCUCGUUUCCUGUGGGAUCUGGCCUCUCUGCUGCCCACGGACCUGCUGUACCUGCACCUGGGCGUCCACACACCCCUGCUGAGGGUAAACCGCUUGCUUCGGACGCCCCGCCUCUCAGAGGCGUUGGACCGUAUGGAGACUCGCACGGCCUACCCCAACAUCUUCCGUAUCGCCAAACUGAUGAUCCUCAUUUUCAUCCUCAUCCACUGGAACGCGUGCGUCUACUUCGCGCUCUCCAGCUUCAUCGGGUUUGGGACGGACUCCUGGGUCUACCCCAAUCUAACCGACCCCGAGUUCGCCUCCAUGAGGCGUCAGUACUUCUACUCCUUCUGGUUCUCCACUUUAAUUCUCACUACAGUGGGGGACACUCCUGACCCUCAGCGCGAGGAGGAGUACCUGUUCAUGAUCGCUGACCUGCUGAUCGCAGUGCUGGUGUUCGCCUCGGUUGUGGGGAACGUGAGUAACGUGAUCAUGAACCUGCGGAACCGAGACAACGUGUUCUUCCCUAAUCACGAGCUGGUGAAGGGCUACCUGCGCAACCGGAGGAUCAGCAAAGUGCUGCAGAACCGUGUGAACGACUGGUACCAACAUCUACACAUUAACAAAAAGAUCACGAGGGAGAAUGAGAUCCUCCAGCAGCUCCCAGUAACUCUGCAGACGGCCAUCGCUGUCAGUGUGCAUCUCCCCACCCUCUCCAAGGUCACCAUCUUCCAGAACUGUGAGAGCAGCCUGCUGGAGGAGCUGGUGCUGAAACUCACACCGCAGGUGUACAGCCCUGGAGAGUACGUGUGCAGGAAGGGAGAUGUGGGACAUGAGAUGUACAUCAUUAAAGAAGGAAAGCUGGCUGUGGUGGCAGAUGAUGGUGUCACGCAGUUUGCUGUGUUGGGAGAUGGGAACUUUUUCGGAGAGAUUAGCAUCCUGAACAUUAAAGGCAACAAAUCAGGCAACCGCCGCACAGCCAACAUCCGCAGCAUCGGCCACUCCGACCUGUUCAGUCUGUCUAAAGAGGACCUGACCGACACGCUGUCCGAGUUUCCAGCCGCCAAGCAGCUGCUGGAGGAGAAGGGCCGGCAGAUCCUCACCAAGAUGGGCAUGCUGGAGAAGACAGAUGAAUGUGAGGUGGAGAAGGAGAAGACCGAGGAUAAGGUGGAGCGUCUGGAGGGAAGCCUGGAGACGCUGCAGACCAAACUGGCGCGGCUGAUGGCCGAACUGGAGUCCACGGCCCGGAAGAUGAUGAGACGCGUGGAGCAGCUGGAGCUGCAGACGGAGGGCUGGGAGGGGAUAGUGGCUGAGGGAGCGUGGAGCGAAACGGAGGAGGAGGGAGAGAGAGAGAGGGAGGUAGGGGACGGAGAGGGAGAAAAAGAAGAGGAGCCGGAUGGAGAGAGGGGCGAGGGGGACGGAGGAGAAGAAGAAGAGGAAACAAGCAAGGAUAUAAAAGAGAAAGAGUGAAGAAAGAAAAACAGGACAUUGUUUUAUAUAAGCUUAAACUACUUAUUAUUUGAAAUAGUUUCAUUAACUGCUUGAAUUUCUGCACCAGGAGUAAAGGCAUACAGUUACCCAAAAGCAGUGUGCAAGACUGGUGGAGGAGAACAUAAUGCCAAGGUGCAUAAAACCUGUGAUUAAAAACCAGGCUUAUUCCACCAAA